AUGGCCAAGCGGCUGCUGGUGGCCUACGGGCUGUGGGCGCUGGGGGGACCCCUGGGGCUGCACCACGUCUACCUGGGCCGCGACAGCCACGCGCUGCUGUGGCUCGUGACGCUGGGUGGCUUCGGCGCCGGCUGGCUCUGCGACCUGCCCCAGCUGCCCGCCUGGGUGGCUGCGGCCAACGGCGCCCGGCGGCGCCAGCAGCAGCACCGUGCCGGCACCGUGCCACCCAGCAGCGCGUGGCGCUUCGCCGCACAGCUGGCGGCGGGGACCUAUGUGGGGACACUGGCGGGGCUGGCCCUGCCCUGGGCGCCGGCGGUGCCGCUGGGCGCCGCGCUGGGCGUGCAGCUCGCGGCGUCGGCGGGUGAGCAGACGGUGGCCGCGGCGCCCGUGCUGACCGCCGCCAGCGUCACCGCGCUGCUCUCGGGUGCCUGCGUGCUGCCCACGAGCCUGGCGGCUGCGGCGGCCGCGCAGCGGCACCGGCGCUACAAGGACCCGGCAGUGCCGCGGGCCGCGCUGCACGGCCGCCUGUGCCGCCUGGCGCUGGGCUACGUGGCGCUGGCCGCGCUGCUGGCGGGCGCCGUGCUGGGCCGCGCCGGCGCCGCGCUGCUGCAGCUCACCCGCAGCGUGUGUGGCAUCGCGGGCGCUGCCCUGCGCUGGGCCCGCGGCGACAACCCCGACACCCGUCUGCAGCGGGCAUACGAGGUGCUGGGCCUCUCUGCCGGCUCCUCCGCUGAGGAUGUGCACAGGAGCUACCGGGAGCUGGUCAAGAUUUGGCACCCAGACCACAACCGGCACCGUGCCGAGGAGGCCGAGCGGCGCUUCAUCGAGCUGCAGGAGGCCUACGAGGUGCUCGUGUGGCCCAGGAGGGCCGCGGCGGCCGCCUGACGCUCCGGGGGCUGUUAAGGACACAGUAUAGGGGAUCCAACACGAACUUUCCU